AAAAAAUGAAAAAGAUAUGGCGAAGACCACUCUUGAAUUAGUUACAGAAAAUAAUGAUAAUAAUAUUUUGAAGCUAGAAGGAAUAAAAAAUGACAAAAUGAAAGAAUCAGAUGUUGUACCACUGAAAGAAGAAAUAGUAGUUGACGAUCUUUCAAUUAUAAAUAAAAUUUUUAAUCAACAGAUUUUGAUUAAGAAAUUAAAAGUUCGCGCCAAAGAAAAGAUUCAAGAAAAACAGCCUGACACAAUAAUGGUGCACUAUAGUGACAACAUGGAAACAGUUAAACAUCCAUUUUUGGGACUGUUUCAGCCACCAACCAUCAGUAUCUUAUCUAAAAAAUUAAGUAAUACAACAAGUACCUCAAGAAUGCCUAAACGUGUAACUUUUGCUGAUGGAAUCCACCCUGGUGAUAAUUUAGCUACAUCUCCAACACAUGAUGAUAAUGGUCGUCCAUUAUCGCCACCACCAUUGAAAAAAUUGAUGCGAGAAAUGCUUAAGUUUAAACGUAAUAUGUAUCCGUUUAAAAAAUCAAAAGUGCGUACCAAGUUUACUAUGGUUAACAAAAAAGUUGCCACGGUAACUCCUUCUAUUAAGACAACUACAUCAUCUGUGAUUGAGUACUAUAUUAGUCGCCAACGCCUUGAAGACUUACCAAUCAUAGAUACAUUCAAUAAUAGUGUUUUAAGGUCUGAUGAUUCACUAAAUGAUACUGAUGAUCAGAAUAUACCUGGGAAAAACACUACACCACCAAGACCUGCUAGAGAACUUACUCCUGUGCCAUCAGACAGUGAGUGUUGGCAUGAUGAUGACAACAUUAAAGAAUCUAUUUAAAUUGUCUUGUAGGUGUUUAAUACAAAAAUUGUUAAAUAUUCAUCUACAUUAUUUAAAUUUUAACUAAUAUGUAUGUA